GGUUGGAGGCGCGCUGCAGUCUCGCAGACUGCCCAACAGUGAUUCAAUUUAUCCCAUGUCCUUGCUCUUUCCCUGCCGCCCUGCAAAUGUGUGCUUUCUUUUAGGUAUUUCAUUUGCCUCUUUGAAAGUUGAAUUGAAUUUGUUUCCGCUGCCCCUCCAUUUCGCAACAUGGAACUGAAUCCUGGAAUGGUCCCAGCAAAGGAGGGCAUGCAGUCCUUGCUUGCAACCCCAUUUCCAUUCCCAGCAGCUUUGCGAAUUAUUUUCCCGUCAGGUGCCAAUCGGAUUGAAUCUAUUUCACCACCCAUGGACAAUUAAAGAACAUUCUGCUCUUUGCCAGGCCCCUUUGAUUGCGGCUAAUCCUUUGCCAACUGAUGGAAUGAGCAUCAAGCUGAUGAAGAGAGAGUGCCUUUGAUUUGCUGCUUCUUACUCCUGAGUCUACCUCGUCUGUGAUCUUAGCAAGCUUCAUUUGUAUGAAAGGAAAGGCGAGGGAAUUUUUUUUUGGGGGGGAUGAGCAUCACAGGAAAGAAAAGAUGCCCGCAAGAAUGCUGCUUGUAAGAUUCAAAGGGAAAUUGAGAAACGUGUCUAUUCAUCUACUUUUAAGCCGUCUCCACUCUCGUGAUUUUCCAGAUAAACAUUCUGUCACAAGUCUCCCUCGGCUUCCAAAGAAUUUAAACAGGGAAAAGAUAUAAAAAUACUCUGCUAAGACAGACCCCGAGUAGAAUAUAACAUUACAGCCUGCUCAACCAAACACUAUCUCAGUAGAUAGAAAUUUGGUCAACUGGAUAACCAUCUUCAGGUGGACUGUUGGUGGGGGUAAGGACAGUGGAGCCAGGUUUAGUGGAGGAAGGAUUUGCUUUGGGUUUUUCCCUUACUGAUGGCAGGACACUAUUAACUCCCUGAAUUUGACAACGAUAUUGACUACGUUGUAAGUGAUUGGCUGGGAGAUCUGUGAGGCUCAUUUGGUGACUCUGUCCUAAUAUUGAAUGGAGGAACAAGGCACAAAACAGAUGAAGCACGAAGUUGGAAGAAAAUAGUUGCAGAGCUACAGGACAAUCGUGUGAUUCCUCUGGCUCUGGAUUACAAAAUAUUUUGUAUGUUUUUUUGCGUGAAAUGCUUGUCUGAAAUAUCCAUAUUUUUAUAUUCACUGUCCUGAAGUUACGACACACUUAAGGAAGGUUAUGUAUUGGGAAUGGCCAGAUUAGCGAUCAAGAUACAUCGCUGUUUCCGCAGAAAGCCUUUGCGUUUCUUCACCUUUAUCAUGGUUUACCUCAUGGCUGGAAGUCUGGUGUUCCUGCACUCGGGCUUUGUGGAGGACAGCACCAUUACUGGGAGGGCCUCACCACAUGGAGAGGGGACAGCUCACACAGCCCUGGGUGCCCCUCGUGGCCUGCAACAGUUCUCCUUCCUGCCCUUUGGAAGGUCACACAAGGAGGCACCAGAAAAGAAGCAGUGGCCAGAGGAGCUCCCAGCCCUGCCCAGGAGAUACGGACCUCCGUGGUUGAAACCAGUUUCGCAAGAUGCUCUGGACAAGCCGAGGUCUGGGGAGCACAUCGGCAGCUGGAGUCGGGCGCUAAAGGGGAAAAUGUCAAGGGACCAGGAGGAGAACCGAGCAAAAUAUAUUGGUUGUUAUCUUGACACCACCAAGCAGAGGGCAUUAAGGGGAACAGCAUUCUUUGACUACAGAAAGAUGACCAUAUUUCGUUGCCAGGAUAACUGUGCUGAAAGGGGCUAUCAGUAUGCUGGCCUGGAGUUUGGAGCUGAAUGUUACUGUGGGCACAAAAUCCAGGCCCAGAACACCAGUGACUCCGAAUGCAGCAUGGAAUGUAAAGGGGAAAAGAGCAGCACAUGUGGAGGCCCAAACCGGCUGUCUGUCUACCGACUGGAGCUGACCCAUGAAUCUGCCAGACGAUAUGGGAAUGCCUUGUUCCGAGGAUGUUUUAAAAGACCAGACAGUGUUUCCCUUGCCCUGCCAACCAGCAGCAUCUUGCCGAAUAUGUCUGUGGAUAAGUGUGUGGACUACUGUACUGAGAAGGACUAUACCCUGGCUGUGCUUGGUGGUGAAACAUGUCACUGCGGCUUUCCUACCAUGCAUUUCACACUGCACGAUCCAGAGGACGAACACCUAUGCACACAGAAAUGCACCAGUGAGGAAUACGAGCACUGUGGGAAUGCAGAAUACUAUGUCGUUUAUCAAACACAAGUGCAAGAUAACCGUUGCAUGGACCGGCGGUUUCUGCCCAUACGUUCAAAGCGCCUUGUGGCCUUGGCCAGCUUCCCAGGAGCGGGGAACACGUGGAGCCGUCACCUGAUGGAGCUCACCACAGGCUACUACACGGGCAGCUAUUACUUUGAUGGCUCCCUCUACAACAAAGGCUUCAAGGGAGAGCGGGACCACUGGAAAAGUGGGCGGCUGAUUUGUAUAAAGACGCAUGAGAGUGGCAAGAAGGAAAUCGAAUCAUUCGAUGCCGCAAUCCUUCUCAUCCGGAAUCCUUACAAAGCACUAAUGGCUGAAUUUAACCGUAAAUAUGGAGGCCAUAUUGGCUUUGCCUCUGAGGCCCACUGGAGGGGGAAAGAGUGGCCUGAGUUUGUGAGGAACUACGCACCUUGGUGGGCAUCCCACACUCUCGACUGGUUAAAGUAUGGCAAAGAAGUCCUUGUGGUCCAUUAUGAAGACCUGAAGCACGAUCUGUUUAACCAGCUGAAAAAGAUGGUGUCAAUCCUGGGCCUCAGUGUCUCUGAUGACAGACUGCUCUGUGUGGAGAGCCAAAAGGAUGGGAACUUCAAACGUUCCGGCCUCAGGAAACUGGAAUAUGAUCCCUAUACUCCUGAGAUGAGAAAAAUGAUUGACUCUUUUGUUAAGAUUGUAGAUGUGGCCCUCAAACUGAGAAACCUAACAGGUGUUCCUGAAGAUUAUGCUCCCAGAUGAUCUUGUUGGUAAAUGCUAUUGGGACAUGGCUGUGUUCUCUCCUUCCCCAGCCAGUACUCCUUCCCACCCCUUGGGUGGCUUCUUUUACUAUUCUGCAGCUAUUAGCUUUCUGAGUGCUUCUAGCUUCUAGAGUAAAGUUCUCUGGAUACAGCUGGGGGUGCCAGUAACUGUACAGCAUGAUUAUGCUAGGAAGCAAACUUUAGGAAGUGAAGUGUCACCGGAGUCGAUGGCUGCCUGGAGUUUGCCACAAUGUGGAAGGAGCUAUCAGUGUGGCUUGUGGGCUUUGUGGUGUGCAGGAGCUGGACUUUGCCCUUUGCUACUGCUUUUAGUGCUGUGCUUGGACUGUCAAAGCUGGGGCUGAGAUGCAGAGAAAAGAGGAGCCUGUGAUUGGUUGGAAUGAAUGUGAGGGGGAAAUCAAACAAGAGCUGGCCUGCCUUGUACAAAGGAGAAGGCGGGGGGGGGGGGGGGGGAGAGAAGGCGCAAACUGAGAGAAAGCAUGUAUUUCUUAAUUUAAAUUAACACCCACCCAUCUGGAUCACACCACAUUUGCCAGUUAGUGGUUAUCAGGAUGUAAAACUACCUUGCUCUGGUUGAGAACAUAGUCACUGCCUUGCUCUUUCACAUCUUCCUCAAAAUCUGAAUUGAUUUUGGGCUGCUGUUUAGAGUCCAGGACUGCCGAGUUUUUUAAAUGAGCAUCUGGGACAAUCAACAUAUUUAAUGUGACGAGACAUUACCAGCUUGUUUCCUGCUCUUUUCAGAUCACAGUUAACCAUUUCUUUCCUUUGUUACCUGAUGAACUGUGGUGACUUGUAUUAGAAAGAAAUUUGUAUAUUUUAUAAACACAGUAGCAGAUCUCACCUCACGAGCAUGUUUUGUUGUGGAGGUUUGUUGGGUUAUUUACAAUCCAGUUUGCCAAGGGUAGAUCAGUGGAGGAAGAAUGGGGCUCUCUUGAACCAAGACAUUUUAGGCCUUGAGAGCACUGAGAGUGAAUCAAAGUACUGGGAAACAAAGAAAUUAAUGUGAUGAAUCCUUGCCUGCGAAUAACCAUAUCUAGAGUGAUAGAGAGAGAGAAGAAGGGAGAUGGAGGAAGGGAGAGAGAGUGUUAGAAAGUGAGGGAGAGAGUGUUAGAAAGUGAGGGAGAGAGAGAGAGGGUGAGGGAUGACACACAGCACUGAGGAAAUUUCUCAAAUCAGUACAGGGAUCCUGGCAAUUGUAGUUACUAAAUGUUCAUUUCUGCAAGUUUCUUAAGAAAUAAAUCAGGAUAAAGGAAAACACAAGCUCUCUGGCCUAGUUUGGUUCAAACAGGGGGAGGGUAACCCCCUCGUUUGAUUGGGGUCAAUAACUUAGUUAAUUCAAUAAAGCAUUCAUUUCUAUUCAAUUUUCUUUGAGAAGCUAAAUGAGUGGUUUCGGAGAGUAAUUAAAUUAAACUAUAUAAAACUGAAGAUAAAUUGAAAGGAUACAGUGGACAAAAUGCACUCCUGCUGUGCUAUAAUUUUUUAGUUAAUAUUCUCUAAUUAAUUACAUUCAUUUGAGAAUCAUUAAGAAGAAGAUUGUGUUAUAGUUUAGUUGGGCUUGCAGAAUAAAUGGCUUAGCACUGCCGAGCUGUGUACUG